AUGGGUCGUGCGGAGCUACAGCCUUGCCAAGAGGCUGAAGCGAGCAACCCCAGCCAUUUCUCGCCAACGUCAACAACACCGGCAACUCGUCAAUCCACCGUCCAUUCAGCCCCCAAACAUCCUACAGUACUACCGGUACAGCGACAUCCAGAACCCGAGAAAUACAAGGACCCUGGAUUCUGUGCCACAGGCUUGAUUACUAAGGCACUGACUGCCCCGGAAUAUCUCUCGCACCUCAUCACUAGGUACACCAAUACAUACUUUGCUAUCAGCAACAACAUGGCAGCCGUCCUAUCUCUCGGCCCUGGGCCCAAGGACCUCGCCCGACAGAUUCUAGAGCACCAGGCUCCCACAUACAACUUCUCCUUCUCGAAGUUCCUCCUGGAGAACUACCGCCAUGGCAUCACGCCCAACCGGCCCAUGUGCAAGGCCUACCUCCAAGGGCACUGCCCCUUGGGACCCAAAUGCCCCGACCGACACACGGCCGCAAACAACCCGUCGAAUUACAAUAACCUGGUCUGCAAGCAUUGGCUGCGGGGCUUGUGCAAGAAGGGCGAGAGCUGCGAGUUCCUGCAUGAGUACAACCUGCGGAAAAUGCCCGAGUGCAAUUUCUUUGCCAAGAAUGGGUACUGUUCUAAUGGAGAUGAGUGUCUAUAUCUCCAUCUCGAUCCCUCCUCGAAGCUCCCUCCGUGUCCCCAUUACGAGAAAGGAUUCUGCCCUCUGGGACCAGUCUGCUCGCAACGCCACGUCCGCAAGAUCCUUUGUGUAUUCUACCUGGCGGGCUUCUGUCCCGACGGCAAGACGUGCAAAAACGCUCAUCCCCGCUGGCCAACUGACCUACCCAAGCCGACUGUCAAGGUCGAGAAAGACCCCGAAGAGAUUGCCGAGGAACAGCGCCUGUUGAUGGAGCGAGCCGAGAGGGAACAAGCAGCCGAGCGUGAACGCUACGCCGGAGAAGAAGGCGGGGGAGGCAGAGGCCGAGGAAGAUGGCACCAUGGCGGGGGAGGACCGAACUGGGGAGGUGGGCGCGGUCGGGGAGGUCAUCAGAACAGAAGGGGGCGAGGCUACAACGGCUAG